UUCAAUUGGAAUAGAACCUCUUUUACCGAAGAAGAACACCAGAAUUACAAAACCCUAAAACCAAAACCUCUACUCUUCUCAGGUCUUCGAUUUGAAGAAGGAGAAGACCUGAAAGCCAAAACCCUAAAAUCAACAGCAACUACCAACAACUUUACAAUGUCGAUGUCUAAGAGUUCGAAGAUGCUUCAAUUCAUAAACUACCGGAUGCGCGUGACCAUCCAAGACGGUCGCCAGCUGAUCGGAAAAUUCAUGGCCUUUGACCGUCACAUGAACCUCGUUCUCGGAGACACUGAAGAGUUUCGUAAGCUUCCCCCAGCUAAGGGCAAGAAAAAUAAUAACAAUGAGGAACGCGAGGACCGUCGCACUUUAGGUCUCGUCCUUCUCAGGGGUGAAGAAGUCAUUUCCAUGACCGUUGAAGGCCCUCCUCCUCCUGAAGAGUCACGUGCCAAGGCCGUCUCCGCUUCCGCCGCUGCUGGUCCCGGUAUUGGCCGUGCCGCUGGCCGUGGAGUCCCCACUGCUCCGCUUGUCCAAGCCCAGCCGGGUCUGGCCGGACCCGUUCGUGGUGUUGGUGGCCCUGCUCCUGCCAUGAUGCAGCCACAGAUCGCUAGGCCACCUGUCAGUUACCCCCCUGCUGCCCCGCCCGUGAUUCGUCCGCCUGGUCAGAUGCCUCCAGCUGGUAUGUUUCAGGGACAGGCUCCACCACCCAUGCGGGGCCCACCGCAGCAGGUUCCCCCGCCUUUUGGGGUUAGGCCGCCGCCCCAGCAGUUCUCUAUGCCUCCACAGCAGUUUGGGGGUCAGAGACCAAUGGUGCCGCCUCCACCUGGGCCGAUGAUGAGAGGACCUCCUGCUCCUCCGCAAGCUCGACCGGGAAUGCCCAAUGCACCUCCGCCGCGUCCUGGGAUGCCUCCACCGCCUGGUGCUUCGAUUCCUGGUUUCGCACCUCCUCGUCCUGGGAUGCCACCUCCCCCAGGAAACCCUUCGCAGCAGCAACAGUGAGCAGCAACAUUGAUGGGGAGUUGUGAAACUUUUGUAGCGAAGGUUCUCGAUUGGAAUGUUCUUGUCAUGCAUAAGCUUGCUUUGAGUUUGGUAUUGAUUUAGAAUCGUAUGGAUCUUCUUACUUCACUAGUUGAGGGUUUUGUUGAUGGUAUUAUAAUAGAACAAUAUGUUUGUUUUCGUAGUGUAUGGCCAAUGGAAACAAAAAGGGUUGUCGAUCAAAUAUUCUUGCUGUGUAGGUGUUUUGAGCGACUUAUUGUUAUCCUAUUAUUUUGUUUAUGGUAGGUGUUCUCUCUGUCUCUCUCA